UUUUGCUUGAACCUCGUCUCCAUUUACUCUUCAGUCCUUGUCUGAAAGCUGUGUCACUGGCUGGCAGUGUUCAGUGUGGUAUUUUGUGACCAAGCUGGCAAACCAAAGAUCAAAAGUAUACUGACAGUUGGGACCUCUUCAGUUUCUAAGUUGAAGAGCAUUUGUAGUAGACCAUCAUUCAUUGUGAGAAUUCGAUGAAGUUAGCAUGCCUCUCAGCUCCCUUGCAAGUACUCUCACCCAAUCCCCUCAGAGGCCCCAUCUGAAAUAAUAGCCCCCCAGGUGGCUAAUUUAGGGCAAGGUCUUCAAAUCUCACGCAUUAAACCUGUUGCUGCAAACUUUUGUGUGUGUUUAUUGAUAUGCGAAGAGUAUAGCAAUAUUUUUGAGCAGCACAGAACAUGGUCAAACUUGUAAAAUAACUGAGUAAAGUAGUCCACCGACGCAGUUCAUCUCGAUAAGUAAUGGUUUGUAUUUCUAGGCCCGGACUGCUUGUGAUGCAGUGCACAUCAAGAAAUAUCUUUAAACCGUUGGUUUCAGGCUCAGAGACAAGACAAAGAAUGUCGGGCCUUCAUCAGCUUUCCUCAUUUAUCGGUGUUCACGAGCAAGACAACACACGCACGCGAGACGAAGGGAGUUCUAUUUCUGCCCGUGUCUACUCUCGUGCGCGCGCGUUCCGAUUCGCAGGUCACGCAAUAGUAACUAGUAACCAGUCCCUUCGCGUAAUUGAUAGUCAUUCAACAUGGCGGAUAAGGAACCAUCCGAGAAAGACACAUUUCUAAAGUCAAUUUUAAAUAGAGGUCCAAAUAAGAGGCAGAUAAAACCAGCAGGAAACAAUUCUCUCCUUCAGUUGGCUCUUGGAGAGGACAGUGAAGACAGUGAAGAAGAUGCAGAUUUUGAGCUUAAUGAUGAUGAAGAUGAUGAAGGAGGGUCUGGUUCAGAUGAAGAGACUGAUAUCACAGAACAGCAAGAUAAAGAGCAGGUCGCCAAAAAGGUACAAGAAGUAAGUGAAGAUGAUAAUGAUGAAGAUGACAACGAUGAUGAUGACAACGAUGAUGAGGAUGAAAGUGAAUCCUUGACAGCUGUCAGUGCUCUUACUGUAGGUGACUUAAUAGAAGUUAUGAAAGCCAAAACCAAAGCCAAAGCUGCCACCAGUCAGCCCAGCUCUGUGGCAUCUAGUGAAGUUUCAGCUUCAUCCAAGAAGGUAGACAUUUUAAUAUGUGGAAUCUGCCUGGAUGAUAUUAGUGAUGAAGGAGAUGAAAUAGUUGAAUGUGAUAAUUGUGGCAUCACUGUACAUGAAGGUUGCUAUGGUAUCAAUGACGAAGAUAGUGACUCAGGGAAAAGUAAUGAUACAGAUUCUCCAACAGAACUGUGGUUUUGUGAUGCCUGCAAACUGGGAGUUCAACCAGAUUGUGAAUUGUGCCCAAAUCUUGGUGGAAUUUUUAAAGAAACAGACAUGGGCCAAUGGGUUCAUUUGCUGUGUGCUCUUUAUACCCCAGAUGUGGCAUUUGUUAAACCUGAACAGCUUCAGUGCGUCACAUUAUCAGAGGUUCCUCCCUACAAGUGGGGUGCUAAGGAUUGUACUCUCUGUGAAGAUGAGAGGUUUUGCAGGACUGGGGUGUGCAUUGAAUGCGAUGCUGGAAUGUGCAGGACAUACUUUCAUGUCACAUGUGCUCAGAUGUAUGGACUUUUGUCAGAUGUUCCAGAAGAAUGCGAUGAGGAUGUUGCAGAUCCUCUAUUUGCACAUUGCAGGCUGCAUGCAGAUAAAAAAACAACUGCAAACAGGAGGCGCCAAUGGCUAGCAUACCAGUCACGCUACAAAAAGGCUGGUGAAAGGCGGUCAGUAGAGGACAAGGAAAGAGUUAAGCACUGUUUGGAUACUAUCCGUCAAGAAUUUCAGGCAAAACGAAUGAAAAAUCUCACAAAAGUUUUCACUCCCUCAGAAAAAAUUCCUCGACUACUGAGCACAUGUCCUGGAGCUUGUCGCCAACUUUUCAAGAAAGCGCAACUACUGGGCUACACCACAGGACAGAGUCAGAGUGUCAUGAAUGUUCGUCGCAAGUGGUUUGUUCAACCAGCUCUCACCAGCGAAUUUGUGAACUAUUACCAUGAUCGUAACGCCCGAUUGAAGGAGAUGCAGGAGCGCCAAGACGAAUUGAGGUUGAAUAACAAGCGAUUGCAGCAAGAGGAGCAAGAUUUAAGAGAAAAGUAUCAGGCGUUGUGCGACGUGUAAAACAACAGAAAAUCAACAUCAACUUGUACAGUGUGACACGUGUCAUCAUCAUUAUCAUCUUGGAUGUGUCGAUCCACCUCUAACACGCAUGCCCAAGCGCUCAGCCAAGUGUUUGUG